AACAAACACAAUCAUUAAAAAUACAAACCUCCUUAGAUAGUUUCUUUUCAUAUGAGAGUAUUACUGAAAAUGAAGGUUCUAGCUCUGAAGAACCUGAUGAUGAUUUAAUUUAUGAACAAUAUGAAGCUUUGACAGAAGCAUUUUCAUCCACUACUAUAUCUCGUUCUUUACAAAUAUUAGCAAAAAGAAAAAAUAUAAUACCUACUUAUAGAAAAAAAUCAAGUGAAAGCUAG